AUGACAGUGUUCUGGUGGAGCAGCAAGUGGAGGUCGGGUGAGAUGUUAGUGCGGGGGUGUGUGGGGGGCGAGCUGCGGCACUCGUUGGCGGAGCGCACGAAGGCGCUGGCGGCGCAGUGCCACGCACUGCGGUCGCCGGCACGCGCAGACCGAAGCUGUGAGCGUCGCCGAACCAGACACCGAAAAUCUCAAACCCGGUGGUAUGUCAAACAGCCGACAUGGCGGUUGUGGGGCGAGGAGCGCGUCGACGGCGCCAUCUACACCGUCUACCUCAAGAAAGUCCGCUAUCACCGACCUACGCGGAGCGCUUCUAGUGAGUCAGAUGACGAGAUCUCCCACUUGGAAUGGGAGACGGUACGCGUGCGCUUCGUGAAGGCGGGCACUGUCGAGCGGCUGGUGGAAGCGCUCGCUACCGACGAUGGUGAACUCGAGUCCACAUACGUUAAUGUUUUCCUGGCUACAUAUCGAUCCUUUGCGGAGUGUAGCAGAGUGCUGGACCUUCUCUUACGACGAUACGAAGCCCUGGCUGCGGAGGAGGUACACCCGACUGCAGUAGACACGUCGCUGCAACAUCGAAAGACUCUAGUAGCGUGUCUGCACGUGUGGCUGGACACGUACCCGGAAGACUUUCGUCAGCCUCCUCACCACCCCGCACUGCAACAGCUACUCGCCUUCACUCAGGUUCAUUUGCCAGGAACGGAACUACAUUCGAAGGUAUUGCAGAAGUUAGCUGUAUUCAGUGCAGAGCGCAAUGGUGGGUGCGGAGUGGGCGGCGCCAUGUGCCUCGCAGCCGGCAUGCGCGUGCCGGCACACCACACCAGCGCGUACCGGUUACCGCACGUGCCGCACCGACACUUCGCUGAGCAGCUCACCCGCAUGGACAUGGAACUCUUCAAGAAGCUCGUCCCGCACCAGUGCCUUGGCGCCGUCUGGUCUCGCAGAGACAAAGACCGCAAUCACGACGCGGCUACCGUUUUGGCAACUGUAAACCAGUUUAAUGCUGUAUCGUUUAGAGUGAUAUCUACGGUUUUGGUUGAACCUAAUCUGAGGCCGCUCGAACGUGCUGAAAUUCUAGCAGCAUGGCUCGAUAUUGCUAGAGAAUUGAGGGUGCUCAAAAACUUUUCUUCAUUGAAAGCGAUUAUCUCUGGGCUCCAGAGUAACCCUGUUUAUAGACUGAGAAAAACGUGGGCAUUACUAGCUAAAGAAAAAGCUGAAUUGUUCGAUGAACUUGCGCGUAUUUUUAGUGAGGACAAUAACCGGUGGGCUCAACGAGAGUUACUCAUGCGUGAGGGAACUGCUAAGUUCGCAGAUACAGUGGGCGAAAAUGAUCGCCAACUGCAAAAACUAUUACACGAACGGGGCUCUCCUGGCGUCAGUCAUGGAACCAUUCCUUACCUUGGUACUUUCCUCACCGAUCUCACUAUGAUCGAUACCGCUAUUCCAGAUACGGUAGCCGAUGGUUUAAUAAAUUUUGAUAAGCGACGGAAAGAAUUCGAAGUCCUCGCGCAGAUCAAGUUACUACAGGGUGCUGCCAACGCCUAUCACUUGCCCUCUGACUCGAUGUUUGAUAGGUGGUUUGACUCGGUCAUUGUGCUGGAUGACCGAGAAUCAUAUCAACUGUCUUGUCAGAUCGAACCGCCUACGAAUCCUCCAAAGGAGAGGCGACCAAAGAAAAUAAAUGAAACAAAUAGCCACGGUCACAGAAAAAAUGACUCAAUUGCUAGCACGAGCUCAAGUAACAGUUCGCAGUUCUAUUGUGAGACCGACGGCACUGGUACAGCGUGGAAGAGGGACAGCCUAGAAAGGCGGGUGUCACCGACACGUUUAUCGCACGGUUCAUCAUCUUCGUCACUACCUUCCCUAGAUGUGUCGUUGUCGAGUGCAAAUAGCGGACAAAAGCCCGCCAAUGGCAAGGCGGGCGGAGUCAGUCCUGCGGCGCCGGGCGUACGCUCAGGCCCAGACUUUUAUAUCAUCCGCGUGACGUACGAGUCGGACUGCGCUGAGACCGAGGGCGUGGUGCUGUACAAGUCAAUCAUGUUGUGCAACAACGAACGCACGCCACAAGUCAUCCGCAACGCGAUGCUCAAACUUAACCUCGACGGUGAUCCUGAUGGAUACACCUUAGCGCAAGUUCUCCCCGAAAAAGAAAUGCUGCUGCCUGCGAAUGCAAAUGUUUACUAUGCGGUGAAUACCGCAUACAAUCUAAACUUCAUCCUGCGCCCACGCAAGACGCAGCAGGUGGAGCCAGUGGUCAACGGGAAAUCGCGCGGGAAGCGCCCUUGA